GUAUCUAUGUGCAUAUUCAUUACUUCUCUGCAAAUAUUUUAGGUUCAUAAUGGCUGUUUUGCAGAUCUUGGGCGCAAUAGUUGCAGGAAUAUUAGGGUUUUUGUGGCUUGCUAUGCUGUGGGCAGGCCAGUUACACAGGCCUAAACGUGCCCCACCUGGAAGUUUUGGAUUGCCUGUGAUUGGUGAAACUCUACAAUUCAUUAGAGAUAGCAGAUCCAAAAAUCCCCAGGUUUAUGCAGAUAAAAGAAAGGCUAAGUAUGGGCAACCAGUUUUUACUACCCAUCAUAUGGGGUACCCGACAGUGAUGUCCAUAGAUCCAGAAGUGAAUAAAUUCAUAUUACAGAAUGAAGGCAAGUAUUUUCUGAGCAACUAUCCCAAGUCGGUGCGAAGUCUGUUUGGGGAAGGAUCCAUUGCCAGCACUUAUGGCGACCUGCACAAGAGGAUUCAUAAUGCAGUUUUGAGCUUCAUUAAUACUACAAAACUCAAGCAGAUUAUCAUGGCUGACGUUGAGUAUGUUAUCAAGACAAAUAUGAGCAACUGGGAGGGGCGAACUGUGUAUGUUGAAGACGAGUGCAAAAUGAUGGCCUUCAACAUCAUUUCAAAAUACCUUCUUGGGCUUAUGCCUGGAGAAGAGACCAAAUUUCUAAUGAAAGAAUAUAAGAAAUUCAUCGAGGGGAUCAUUUCCUUACCAAUCAGAAUUCCUGGGAAUUACUAUAAUAGAUCAAUGACAAGUAAGGAGAAUUGUAUAAAAGUUAUGGAAAAGAUUGUUGAGGAGCGAAGAAGGAUUCCACACUCAGAAAAUAAGGAUAUUCUUGAUGCCUUGAUGAAUGAUACUGAUCAAAAUGGAGGAAAAAUACCAGAUCACAUCAUCUACAAUAAUAUAAUGAAUCUAUUUGGAGCAGGAGAUGAAACUGGUCCCAUGGCGAUGAUGUGUGCAGUCAAAUUUGUAUAUGAAUGUCCAAAAGCUUUGGAUCAAUUAAGGGAAGAACACUUUGCGAUUAGAAGAAGAAAAGAGUCAGGGGAACCAUUGACAUGGAAUGAUUACGCUAAUUGCAUGACCUUUACUCACCAGGUUAUUAAUGAGACAUUGCGACUUGUAAAUCCUGCUGCUGGUGUGAAUAGAAAGGUUGUAAAGGAUGUGGAGUUUAAAGGAUAUUUUUUCCCCAAAGGGUGGCUUGCAUUUCCCUACUUCAGAAAUGUGCAUCUUGAUGAGACUGUGUAUCCAGACCCUCUCACAUUCAACCCUUGGCGCUGGGAAAAAAAGAUACCAAGCAUUUACUUCACACCUUUUGGAGGAGGCCCAAGAAUAUGUGCAGGCCAAGAAUUGGGCAAGCUGGAAAUCGCUAUUUUAUUGCACUAUCUAGUAACCCAGUUCACAUGGGUCCACCAUGAAGAUGAGAUAAUAAAUUUCCCUGCUGUGAGUUUUGUGAAUAAGUUGCCCAUAACUGUAAAACGUCUGCAAUGAUGAGAAAAUACCAGAAGUGGCCAUUGUUCUACAGCAUCCAUGAAAUAGAAGAUGGUAAUUUAUACCAAGACUGAGUUUAUGUUCUAUGCAGAUAUAUAGAUAUAUAUACUAGUAAGUAUUGAAACUUAGAAGAAUUUAGGAAGUUCAAAUAUAUGAAUAUAUCACUUAAGAUAAUAGUCCUGAAGAAAUGUUCGACUGUGUGGAGGUUAUAAUUCAUGGUGGCUUCAUAUACUGAAUAAUUUAUGUUAAUAGGAUGAAUAAUUUAUAUUGAUAAGAGUAUUUCAUGAAAAGAAUCUUUGUGAAAAGUAUGUUUGAAAGUGAAAGUCAUUGCUGGGCUGGCAGCUCGCGGGCUUCAGGCUUCAUGCCCUUGCUGGGCUGUUGUGCUCGCAGGUCUGAACCUUCAGAAAAAAAAAAAUGUAUGUUUAAAAAUUGGGUGAAUUUUGGCUGGACUCCUCAUGUCAUUUGAUUAGAAGUUGUUCUAAAUAUGAUGAACGGUUUCUUUGUA